GUGAAACUCGAAAAAAGUAAUCUACCGAACGUAUAGCUCAGGAUAGAUUCUUUUGAUCAGAAAUGGUACUUUUGUUGCGUAAGAACACAGCAAAAGUUUGAUAAAUGCAAAUCACGUUAGGACUUAACUUCUCGUUUAUUCCCAUAUUCUUGAUUUUUUUUCGGUGAUCCAGUGGUAAUUGAUACUCAAUUUUCUUAUAUGUCGUAUUUAUGCACUUGAAACGAACAUGAAAAAGCUUGGAAUUUGAAAGUAAAUUAAUAUCUCGAGGUCACAACACUGUCCCGUUUAACCCCAAGGUUGGUCUUUGACUUGGCAUAACUUGUUUAGCAAAGUUGGUCACCAAUCUGAGUUUGAGCGGUUCGUUUUCUUGUUGUGAAUCAUCUGGUAACAACCUUAACGAAUUAAUAAACUCACAAAGAAGCCGUGCUCAGGAUGGACUUUCCUGCCCCAGAAAUUAGUCCACAAACGAACUUCAAUUAUGGAUUAGUGGCUUUGUUUAUUUUCGCAUUAUCAUAUUUUCUUUGGAAAUUCUUGCGUUCUUGGUCUGAAAACUCGUCAACUGUUAGUGAUUCACAUCGCUUAGCUAUGGAAGCUGCCAGAGCAAAAUUUCAAGCUGAAUUCAAUGCUGAGGUUGCUCAGUGCAAAUCUAAAAAUCAAGACGAGAAAGAAGGGAAAAGUAAUGUUCGUGAAAGUACUCAUUCUGGUGAGAAAAAGAAACGGUUCCGACUCAAUGAUUACAAUCCUUUAAUGGGUGAUACUGGGACAACUUACAGGCCAACUUCACGAUUUUGUUCAACUGGUGGAUGACGUUAAAUAUUUAUCCAACAAUAAGAACUCAAUAAGAUCAGAAAGCAACACUUACUGAGUUCAUCACAUACACACACACACACACACACACUAGCCUUAUUACAUUUUUACACAAAGAUAAAAGAACAAGGAAUUUUCUUCUCUUCUUUCUUUCCACUAUGAUGUUGUUAAUUCGAAAUUGGAACCAAAUUCCAAGAUUAACAACUGAUGUCGUUUUUUUUUCUUUGAUGUAAAAAUAUGAAACGGUUUUUUAUUGCGAUGAAAUUACUCCUGACAACAACGUUCAAACAGAACCUGUAUACUACUUGAUUAUUACUAAUUAUAAUUUUUAAAAA